AUGUCAUACGAGGAUAGUUCUAUGGAUACUUCAUCGGACAGUGGUUCUUUUUGCUCCACUAAUCCGACUACGCCAAGUUCUAGUCCCCUUUUCCGUCCUUCGGAGAUCGAAGAUCUGAAGUUGGCCCAACUACCACAAUCCACAGCUGCGAUCGAGUCCGAUCCCACAAUCGUGAAGAAUCUUUGCGUGGUUGGUGCGGGCUAUGUAGGUGGUCCCACGGCUGCAGUUUUGGCUCUCUACCACCCUUCUCUCACAGUAGAGGUUUUAGAUCGUGAUUCAAGUCGCAUCAAGCGAUGGCAGUCACCGCAUCUGCCCGUGCAUGAGCCAGAGUUGAAUAAUGUUGUGCGAGUUGCUCGCGAUGGCGCGCAUGCCAGCCAAGUAGCUAUACAGGGUCCACGCGACCAGAACUUGUUCUUCACCUGUGACAGUAAUGCUAUAUCUCGUGCCGAUAUCAUCUUCAUGGCAGUGAACACCCCGACCAAGACUUUCGGCGUUGGUGCUGGUUGUGCGACCAACAUGACAGCGUUCGAUGGAGCAAUGCUCGACGUUGCUAAGCUCGCCAAACCUGGUGCGAUUAUUGUGGAGAAGAGCACAGUGCCUGGGGGCACAGCGGAGAGAGUUCGGAAAACACUUGCCACAUAUCGACCGGGAGUGCCGUUUGAGGUACUCUCCAACCCCGAGUUUCUUGCCGAGGGCUCUGCCAUUCAGAAUCUCACUGUUCCCGACCGUGUGCUUAUCGGAUGUGCUCCAACUCCGCAAGGGUACCGAGCAGCCGACGCGCUGGCCAACCUUUAUAGAGCGUGGGUCCCUGCAUCGCGUAUUUUGACAACAAAUACAUGGUCUUCGGAACUUUCUAAGUUGGUGGCCAAUGCUAUGCUUGCACAACGCAUCAGUAGUAUCAACUCUAUUAGCGCCAUAUGUGAAAGGACCGGUGCAGAGGUAGACGAAGUGGCUAAGGCCAUCGGUAUGGAUAUGCGCAUUGGAAAUCAGUUCCUCAAGGCUGGUCUAGGCUUUGGUGGCUCCUGUUUUCGCAAAGAUAUUGCGAGUUUGGCAUAUUUGGCCGAAUAUCUGGGACUAGACGAUGUGGCACAUUAUUGGCGACAAGUGAAUGUGAUUAAUGAGCACCAGCGGGACCGUUUUGCCCGCAAGGUCAUCGAUCGCUUUGAAGGCAACUUGGUUGGGCGCAAGCUGGCAGUGCUCGGAUUUGCCUUCAAGAAAAACACCGGCGAUACUCGAGAGUCCUUGGCUGUGGGCGUGAUUCAGUCAAUGCUGGAGGAGAGACCAGCUGAAAUUGCCAUUUUUGAUCCCUACUGUCACGAAGAUGACAUCCUAAGAGAGCUAGGGCUUGAAUCUGCCUUGGGUGGGACGGUCAAAGUCUAUAAAGAUCCAUACCAAGCUUGUUCAGAGGCACACGCUGUUCUCGUUGUCUCCGAUUGUGACCAAUUCCGCAAUACCCCCGGCACUGUCAGCACAUUUGAGACUAUUGCUCUGCCGUGCCCUGCUAGUUCUGCCUGUGUCCGACCUGAGCAGGAAAUGUGGACACAUUCCGGAGUAUCUUAUGAGCUCAGUCCCCAGAAUUGCGCUGAAGAUUGCUCUGAUUGCCGUAUGGUUUUGACUCGGUCGAUAGCCACCGACGCCAUGGAAUGGUCGCGCAUCGCGUCGAAAUUGUGCGAACCCAAGUGGGUUUUUGAUGGGCGAAACAUACUCAACUGUGAAAAGUUAGCUAACUUGGGUGUUCGCGUGGACACGGUCGGACGUCGGUCUUAG